CGUGUUUAUAAAAACUUAUAACUUCGUUAAUAUAAUGGGUGCUACAGUUGAAAUUAAUUCUUUUUCUAAAACAUUUCCCAUUUGUAAAACAACAGCGGUUGAAUCGAAUUUACAACAAACAUUAACCAUUUUCAAAGAACUUGUAAUGGAGUUUCAAGAACUAUAUACAGAAAACCAAAACUAUAGAAGUUUAUAUUUAAUGCGCAACAAAAAUUCUGAAAGCCAAACAUGUAAAACAUGUGAAGAGUUAAGAAAUAAUAUAUCCAUUAAGGACGAAAUCUUAGAUUCCGUGGUUUCAGCUUUAAACAAACUGAGUAGAACAAGGGACUUUAAUAUAAUUGAUACAAUAUUUAAAUUAAUAAAUGGUGAUAGCAAUAUAAUAAGUUCACCUAAAGAUAACAAAUGUAGAGUUGAUGAAAUGGUCACAAGUCCAUUAAAAGAAGAAUCAUUUAAUGAUGUUUCUCAUGAGGAAUCUGUGUCAGAGAUAAAAGGAACUACAGGCCGCAAGAGCCCUAUAAUUCAAAGUAAAAAGUUAAAGUCUAACACAACACAUUCCUUGAGCUUGAAGGAUAAGAAGAAGUGUCCUGAGUCUUGGCCUACACCAGAAACAAAGUGUAUAAAGUUAUCAUAUCCUACACCAACACGAAACAAGCCAUCGGGUAGACUGAAACAAGCUCGUCUCAACCUGGUCAAGAUGAAAACCACAAGUGUUGUAGAUCUCACAUGUUCUCCAGAGUUAGGACGGAGUUAUAGCGCAGUUAAUAUGCAGUGCAACAUUAAAAAGGAGGUGCUAGAAAACGAUGAUACAAUAUUACCAUCACCUACGAGUGGUCCAGUGGUCCAGUUACCUAUUUUUAAAUCAAUUAUAAAAGAGAGUCCAAGUAAGUUCACAAAACCAUCGUCAGUCACGAAGAUCAAGAUGGAACUCGAGACCAAGGAUCGCGAUACGGAGAACAUGUUCCCCGGACAAGUUACGAAGAAAGAAGUUGAGCAAUCGAUUAAUUUGUUAAAACAGUACCCGAAUAGGUUCAAAUCACCAUUAAAAAUGGAAGAUAAACUAAACGACGAAACUCACUGCGCUGAUGAGAGUAUUUCCCUACUUCAGCAUGUUAAGAAGAUCGACGAAAAGAUUAAGAGAGUUAAUAGUCCGCACAAACGUCCCCUGGUUGAGAACGUGAACUUGAUAAAUACCCAGAAACUCGCCGACACUCAGUCCAGCGUGUCGAUACUACAGGGUAUUGGCCACAUAGAAGCGAAGACCGAAAUCUCUAAAAGGAUAAAAUGUAACAUAGAGCCAGUUUACAAGGAGCCAGUUCUACGAAAGAAAGCCGAGAAACGCGCUCUGCCCGGCUGGAGCUGUGAGGAGUGUAAAAACUUCUACGACGAACUCUACAAAGACGACGUAGAUAUGCUCGCGAAAAAAAUGGAUGAGUGUUCCAAACAUCGAGGUAAGAAUAAUCCCAUCAGGCCGAAAACACCCGAUGGCUUCUGGAACCCUCGCUGGGAGGUUCCCCAAGACACUGAAGAGUUUAACUUAAGAAAUAAUGCUAUGUAAUAAUGUAUUCUUAUCAGUUGAAUAACUUUUAACAUUGAUAAAACUUUGAAUAAAUGUGUAUGAAACUUUUAAUGAUAAGUAUAUAAUUUGAUCGAUUAUUAUAUAAAUUUAUAUCUGAAAUAGAACUUAAAAAUAUUAUCCAACUGUUAAAAUAUCACGAAAUUAAAUAAUCCUGAUU